AACUAUUUUCCAAGACAAAUAGCAUAACACGAUGAAGAUUUACUAUAUUGGGAUUUUGAAGACCGGAGGAGAAAAGGCUUUGGAAUUAACCUCAGCUAGAGAUUUGACUCAAUUUUCAUUUUUUGAAAGAACAGGGGUUUCACAAUUUAUGACUUUUUUCGCAGAAACCGUUUCAGCAAGAACAGAAUCCGGACAAAGACAAAGUAUUGAAGAAGGUAAUUAUGUGGGUCAUACUUAUGCCAGACUGGAAGGAUUAGCAGGGGUUGUUAUUACCGAUAAAGAGUAUCCGGUUAGACCAGCAUAUACUUUGAUCAAUAAGUUUUUAGAAGAAUACUUAUCAUUACAUCCUCUGAAGGAAUGGAAGAGUGCCACUGCCACUUCACCACAAUUCAAUUACGACGCUUUGGAAGCUUAUAUAAAGAAAUAUCAAGAUCCAGGUCAAGCCGAUUCUAUCAUGAAGGUUCAACAGGAAUUGGAUGAAACAAAGAUUGUUUUACAUAAAACAAUUGAAAGUGUUUUACAAAGAGGUGAAAAAUUAGAUUCUUUGGUUGACAAAUCCGAAGCUUUAUCUAGUUCUUCAAGAAUGUUUUAUAAACAAGCCAAGAAGACUAAUUCUUGUUGUAUAAUUAUGUGAGUGAAGUUCUAUUACUAUAUAUUUUCAGUUCAAU